CUCCCUUCCCGUCCGCUGCUCACCUUCCCCAGUUCGCCUCCCGAUCCCGAAACCCUAAUCGCCCCCGCCGCCCCGCCCCCGCCGCCGUCUCCGCCGCGCGCGGCCCGCGCCUCUGCAGCUCCCGCCCUCGGCCUCCUCCGAUGGCGGCGGAUCUCCAGCCCAGGUCCGAGAUUUCGUUCCUCGAGACCUUCUUCUGCAGCGCCCUCGCCGCUUGCUUCGCCGAGUUCUGCACCAUCCCCAUGGACACAGCUAAAGUCAGGCUACAGCUUCAGAAGAAAGCACCGGUCGGGGAAGGAGGCCAUUUACCUAAAUACAGGGGCUUGUUGGGUACUGUUGCUACCAUUGCUAGGGAAGAAGGACUAGCGGCACUUUGGAAUGGCAUUAUUCCAGGGUUACAUCGUCAAUGUAUAUAUGGUGGCUUGAGGAUUGGAUUAUAUGGUCCUGUCAAAUCAUUUUUAGUUGGCAGUGACUUGAUUGAAGACACUUAUUUGUUCCAGAAAAUACUUGCUGCAUUAUUGACUGGCGCGAUAGCAAUUGCGGUGGCUAAUCCUACGGAUCUUGUUAAAAUUCGACUUCAGGCUGAAGGGAAACUGCCACCUGGGGUGCCAGGUCGUUAUUCUGGAGCUUUGAAUGCUUAUUUUACAAUUGUGAAACAGGAAGGACUGGCGGCUCUUUGGACAGGUCUUGGACCAAAUAUUGCACGGAAUGCUAUUAUAAAUGCAGCUGAGCUGGCAAGCUAUGAUCAUGUGAAAGAGACGAUUUUGAAAAUUCCAGGGUUUAUAGACAAUGUGUUUACUCAACUCCUGGCGGGUCUAGGUGCAGGGUUCUUUGCUGUCUGCAUUGGUUCUCCUAUUGAUGUGGUUAAGUCGAGAAUGAUGGGCGAUUCGACAUACAGAAGUACUCUUGAUUGUUUCAUAAAGACUCUAAGGCAUGAGGGAUUUUUCGCCUUCUACAAGGGUUUCCUCCCAAAUUUUGGUCGUCUGGGAUCAUGGAACGCUGUUAUGUUUCUUACCUUCGAGCAAGCUAAGAGAUUUUUGUUCGGAGCUGCAUGAGAGAAGUCUUGCUCAUUCACAGAUAGGAUAAGCAGGAGGACAGAGUCCCAGAGCUUUGCCGUGGAUGUACCGAUGCUGCUUAACUGUCAAAGAGGCUGCCAACUCUAUGGGAAAGAGUCAUGUCCCGUCAGCCAGCUGAUGCUCCAUUGCAUUUAUCAACUUCAUGAAUAAGACCUAGUAGUGUAAUUUCCCCAUGCUGAGGGCAUAUUUAAUGGGGCCUCAAUUCUUUCUACGGAGAGACUGUAAUCCAUGGACCAAUCGAUGCGACACACACAUAAUUUGUUAAUUCGUGCCAGAGGAGGGGCAAAUUUGGUUGCAGCAUUCGCA